CUGGCUUCCUGCUGUCUGCGCCGUCCUCAACGACUCCUGGAGCGGGGGUGCCUUCGCGUUCUGCCCUGAGCCUUCUGCUGCCGCUCAGCCUCCGGACCCAGGCAAGACGCCAGAGCCACCGACCGCCGCACCCUCCCGCGUCCUUUGGGGGGCGUUGUAGGGUCCCAGGGUUCGCUAGGUCUGUUAAAGAACAUUCAAGAUAAUUAAAAUAGAUGACCAAAAUGGAUAUUCGAGGUGCUGUGGAUGCUGCUGUCCCAACCAAUAUCAUUGCGGCCAAGGCUGCAGAAGUUCGGGCCAACAAAGUGAACUGGCAGUCCUAUCUUCAGGGGCAGAUGAUUUCUGCUGAAGACUGUGAGUUUAUUCAAAGGUUUGAAAUGAAAAGAAGUCCUGAAGAGAAACAAGAGAUGCUACAAACUGAAGGCAGCCAGUGUGCUAAAACAUUUAUAAAUCUGAUGACUCAUAUCUCCAAAGAGCAGACAGUGCAGUACAUACUCACUAUGGUUGAUGAUAUGUUGCAGGAAAAUCACCAGCGUGUCAGCAUUUUCUUUGACUAUGCAAAACGUAGCAAGAGUACUGCCUGGCCCUACUUUCUGCCAAUGUUGAAUCGCCAGGAUCCCUUUACUGUUCAUAUGGCAGCAAGAAUUAUUGCCAAGUUAGCAGCUUGGGGGAAAGAAUUGAUGGAAGGCAGUGACUUGAAUUACUAUUUCAAUUGGAUAAAAACUCAGCUGAGUUCACAGAAACUUCGUGGUAGCGGUGUUGCCGUUGAAACAGGAACAGUCUCUUCAAGUGAUAGUUCUCAGUAUGUGCAGUGUGUUGCUGGGUGUCUGCAGCUGAUGCUUCGUGUCAAUGAGUACCGUUUUGCCUGGGUGGAAGCAGAUGGGGUGAACUGCAUCAUGGGAGUUUUGAGUAACAAGUGUGGCUUUCAACUCCAAUAUCAAAUGAUUUUCUCAAUAUGGCUCCUUGCAUUCAGCCCUCAAAUGUGUGAGCACCUGCGGCGCUAUAAUAUCAUUCCUGUUCUGUCUGAUAUCCUUCAAGAAUCUGUCAAGGAGAAAGUUACAAGAAUCAUUCUUGCAGCAUUCCGUAACUUUUUAGAAAAAUCAACUGAAAGAGAAACUCGCCAAGAAUAUGCUCUGGCUAUGAUUCAGUGCAAAGUUCUGAAACAGUUGGAGAACUUGGAACAGCAGAAAUAUGAUGAUGAAGAUAUCAGUGAAGAUAUCAAAUUCCUUUUGGAAAAACUUGGUGAGAGUGUGCAGGACCUUAGCUCAUUUGAUGAAUAUAGCUCAGAGCUUAAAUCUGGAAGGUUGGAAUGGAGUCCUGUGCACAAGUCUGAGAAAUUUUGGAGAGAGAAUGCUGUGAGGUUAAAUGAGAAGAAUUAUGAACUGUUGAAAAUCUUGACAAAACUUCUGGAGGUGUCGGAUGAUCCACAAGUCUUAGCUGUUGCUGCUCAUGAUGUUGGAGAGUAUGUGCGCCAUUAUCCACGAGGCAAGCGGUAAGGGAGAACAUUCAUUUCUAUGAAGUUUUCUUCAGCCUUGAAUCCUACGUAGUCACUUAUCUAAAACAAGAGUAGUUUAGUGGAGAAAUGAAUGGUGUAAAUGAAAUCCAGUUUACCACAAUUAGAGGGAUUAUAAUAAACCUAGUUGAAAAUGAGUGAUAUAAAAAUGUAAUACACUUCCAUUAAUACUGUUGUGAAGUAGCCAACAGAGAGCACAUUAGACUUUUCAAAG